AUGCAGCGAACCAUCGAGCAACGUUUUUCCAUCAAAUUUUGCGUUAAACUGAACAAAUCCGGUAUUGAGACUUUGGAUAUGAUCCGUGAGGCUUACAAGGAUGAAUCCAUGUCCAGAACGCGUGUUUUUGAGUGGCAUAAAAAGUUCAAAGAUGGACGGGGAAACGUGGAAGACGAACAACGCGCUGGAUGUCCAACAGCGACCGGAACCGAUGAAAACAUGGCAAAAGUUCGAGAACUUUUGAGGAUUAGAGUCCGCUGCGUCCGAAAAGAGAUCGCUGAUACCUGGAUGCCUCAUCACGACAAUGCGCCCAAUCACAUGUCGCUAGUUGUGAGGGAGGCACUGGCCAAACAACGUGUGAACGCUGCUCCAACCACCCUACAGUCCAGACGUGGCUCCCCUGACUUCUUUUUGUUCCCUCGUAUCAAAGGAGCCUGA